UUACGCAUGCGUGUGACGUCAUUUCCUGUCAGGCCGACUGCGUGAUGGCGGUGCCCCUGACACCUCCGGCGCGUUGACUUCUAUCGAAGCUCUGCUUGUUUCUCCUUCCCGUUUGUGUUAAUUAGAGUGCGUUACUCAAGAAAAAAAAAACAACGACUGAAAACCGGACGAGCAGAUGAUGGCUUUUCACAGACUCUCAACGAGGUUUCGACACACGGUAAGGCAUGUUCGCUGGAUUCAUGCAAGUGGAUCAGGCCAACAGCAGGAGGCCCUGGCAAUUGAUCCAGAACCUGAACCCUUCUCAGUCUUCAGAACAAAUGAGAAUGAGCCUGCUCGUCAUUCCCAGCAACAUAUUGGACAGUAUUACACGAUAUCAUCCGCACUUAUCCGCACUGCCUUCCCUCAUGGCCUUCCCCGCCGCUAUAAGCUACAGGUGAAGACGUUUAAUGAAGCAUCUGUGAUGGUAAGGCAGCCUGCUCUGGAGGUCAUCUCACACCUGAAGGAAACAGACGACAGCAGACCUGUGCAGCGAUAUAUGUUCUACGGAUUAAAGGGUGGCGGUAAGACAAUGUCCCUUUGUCACGUGGUGCACUUUUGCUACACACAGGGAUGGCUGGUGCUGCACGUACCUGAUGCCCACAUCUGGGUGAAAAACUGCAAGGAGCUGCUGCCUUCAUCCUUUAACACGUCUCGCUUCGACACGCCUUUGCAAGGCACCGCGUGGUUGUACAACUUUAAAACCACCAACGAGCCCUUCCUCUCCAAGAUAAAGACAAAGCAGCGCUACGUGUGGACAAAGAGAGAAUUCACAGAGGAGGGAAGACCUCUUGGAGAGCUAGUGGAUCAGGGCAUCUCUCGCGUGAAGAGCAGCUGCGACGUAGUUGGGGCGGUGAUGAAGGAGCUGAGGCUGCAAAGCGGACAGCCGGACAGCGUUUUCCGACUGGCCGUAGCUGUGGACGGCGUCAACGCCCUGUGGGGACAGUCCACCCUCAAGAAACCAGACCAUAGUGCCGUGAAUCCCGACGAGCUGACUCUGAUUCAUAACCUGAGGAAGCUGAUGAGGAAUGACUGGACGGGAGGCGCCAUCAUCACCACUUUGUCCUAUACUGGGGCUGUCUACCCUAUCAAAAAUGCCUACCUGCCUCAAGAACUGCUGGGAGAGAGGGGAUUUGACAACAUGGAUCCGUUCAUCCCGGUGUCGGUGCCCUAUUACAACGAGAAGGAGUUUGAGAGCUGCUAUCUGUACUACUUGGACCGCAAUUGGCUGCAACAUCCUAAGAGCCGAACAGAGGAUGGCAAGAAAGAACUGCUCUUUUUGACCGACAGGAAUCCAUCGCUAAUGGACAGAAUCUGUGCUUUCUUAUGAAGACUCAGAUUUUAAAUACAAAUGUCAUACUAAAACAUCCGCCCUAUUGAAAUGCAGAAAGUCAAUAUUCACAUCUACCUGUAUUCAUGUGUCUGUAAAUUAUUCAUUUAUCAUGUUUGCUAAUAAAAUGUUGAAAAGUUGUUUUAA